CAAACAUACGACUUCCCAUGCAUUCGUCACCACAAACCAUGUGCUUCACGUUUCUUUUCCUCAUCGUCACCGUCGCAACUGCCGCCGCAUCUCCGGCGACUCCGACAAACAUCAUCCACUUACUCAUGCCACAUUCCGGCUCCGGCGGCCACAAACACUCCUCCCUCAACUGCCUGAGCUGGCGGCUCGCCGUCGAAACUAACAACUUCCGGGGGCAACUUGUUCCUGAAGAAUGUGAAGAAUAUGUCGGCCAUUACAUGUACGGAUCACAAUACCGGAAAGAUUGUGAGUUCGUCGCCGACGAAGCCUACAAAUACGCCGAAGGUCUUAAUCUCACCGGCGACGGGAAGGACGUUUGGGUUUUCGAUAUUGACGAAACCACACUUUCUAAUCUCCCGUAUUACGCUCGCGAUACCGUUGCUUUCGGGGCGUUACCGUACAAUGCGACGGCGUUUGACGAGUGGGUGGCGGAAGCAUCGGCACCGGCGAUCCCAUCGUCUCUGAUACUGUAUAAGAAGCUUAUAAAAUUAGGGUUUAAGAUCGUGUUUCUCACCGGAACAAACGAUGCUUUCAGUGAACAACGUACCCAAAACAUGAAGGCAAUUGGUUACACGACAUGGGAGAAAAUUAUUUAUAAGCAACCUAAUGAUGGGAGCGGUAUAGUGUAMAAAGAAGCCAAAAGGAAAGCGUUGGAAGAGAGUGGAUACAGAAUUCGAGGUAAUAUGGGAGAUCAAUGGAGCGACUUGCUUGGAAGCAACCCCGGUGAUCGUACCUUCAAAGUGCCGGAUCCAAUGUACUAUAUCGGUUAAUUUUAGAAGCACUGGUCAUCUUUUUACCUGUUAGGCUAAACCAGUGAGAAACCAUGUGGGUUAGUUGGUGGUUCGAGUUUUCCGGUAUGUGAAAAUAAGGCUAGUCGAAAGUCAAGAAGUUGGUGUUCAAUGAUUAUCGGAUUAAAAGUUCAAUCCAGUAUUAACUUGAACUGGGUUUUAUAAUAAGAUCGGUUUUAUAAA